AUGACGAAGAUCAACAGUCAGACACACUCCAGCCGGAGAAAGAGCCGCAAGGCUCACUUCUCCGCCCCGUCAAGCGUGCGCCGUGUGAUCAUGAGCGCACCGCUAUCGAAGGAACUCAGAGAUAAGCACAACGUCCGCGCGAUCCCCAUCCGCAAGGACGACGAGGUCGUCAUCAAGCGCGGCAGCAACAAGGGUCGCGAAGGCAAGGUGACGUCCGUGUACCGUCUCAAAUAUGUCAUUCACAUUGAGCGGGUGUCGCGGGAGAAGACGAAUGGACAGAGCGUGCCGAUUGGCAUUGCGCCGAGUAAGGUCGAGGUGACGAAGUUGAAGCUGGACAAGGAUCGGGAGAGGAUGAUUGAGCGGAUUGCGGCGGGGCGGGAGGCGAACAAGAAGAAGACGGCGCAGAAGUGA